AUGGAAGUAAUUGUAAUUUUCCGCAUGUUCUUUAUUUAUUGCGCUUUAUCAACGCAAAGAGUGAUUGCAGUAACAAUUUCUUCUAUAUCAUCGAGUGGCAGCAAUAACAAUGACAGUAUUUCCGGCUGGAACCUAACUGAUGUGCCUUACACUAUCCGCUAUUUUGAACAACCUUUUUAUAAUAACGGUGAUAACAGCAGCAAAAACAACGGCGAUGACAACAGAAGGGAGUUUAUUCGUAUUCAGUUAGACGAUGAAAUUGAUGAUAUCAACAACAACAGUACCAGAAGCAGCAUUCUGAAAUACGGUGAAGAGCAUAAUAGAAGCAAAAAAGGACAGUUCAAGCCCUCUGGGCCCCUAUUUAUGUAUGAUGACGGUUACACCAAUAAUACCCUCAAAAGCAUCAGCGAGAACAAAGAGGAGAAAAAUUUUAUUCGCACUCACAGCAACACAUUAUUUGGCUCAAAUAACAAGAUUGGCAUCAGUUUCUUAAAAAUUGACAGCAAGAACGACAACAAUAACAGCAGUAAAAUGCCGAUCGAGUGGAUUGACACCCGGCUCUUAUUUGACGACAGGAACAAAUCAACAACAGUACGGUGA